AUGAACGUGGACCCGUACUCUGACGCGUACAACGACGCGCCGCCUGCUGCCGGCGGUGCUGAUGCGCCGAGUGACCCGCCGAGGGGUCGCUCUCGCACCCGUUCGCGCUCACGCACGCCGCCGGUGCGUUCGCCGGCGGCCAGCUACCGCUCUCCCGAGAUUCGCUCAAAGCGGCCCUCGCCGGCACCGCGCCGCCCCCCGCACGCGCCGACAAACCCGAACCCGACAAAUGUCCUCGGUGUGUUCGGUCUCAGCAUCCGCACGACCGAGCGCGACCUCGACGACGAGUUUUCUCGCCACGGCCGUGUCGAGCAAGUGACCAUCGUGUACGACCAGCGCUCCGACCGCUCCCGCGGCUUUGGCUUCAUCAAAAUGGCCACCGUCGAGGAUGCCGAACGCUGCAUCAAGGAGCUCAACGGACUCGACCUCAACGGCCGGCGCAUCCGAGUUGACUUUUCUGUGACCGACCGGCCGCACAACCCGACGCCGGGCGAGUACAUGGGUCACAGGCGCCGCGAUGACUUUGCGCCUCGCAACUCGUACUACGGCGGUGGCGGCGGCGGCGGUCGCUCUGACCAUGGCCGUGACUCGUACCGCGACCGUGACCGCGACUACGGCAGCUCCCGCUAUGGCGCACGGGACCGCGAUCGCGACCCGUACGGACGCGAUAGUCGCGACACCCGCGACACCCGCGACCGCGAGUCUUUCCGCGAACGCGAUAACUGGCGUGAUCGCCGCAGCCCAGCACCCUCGCGUGGUGGCCGCUAUUCGCCGGACUACGGACGUCGCCGCCGCUCCUACUCGCGCAGCCCGCCCCGCGGGUCAAGUCCUCGCCGCGACUAUGAUGCCCCCGCGGACGGCGGUGGCUCGCGCUGGUAA